GCGGAGCCAGGCCGUGAGCUGGGCUGUUGGCGGUGGGUGAGGGGGGUGUUCGGGGCGACCGGGCAUUCGUUCGGCCGUCGUCACCAUGGUGAAGGAACAGUUCCGGGAGACGGAUGUGGCGAAGAAAAUAAGCCACAUCUGCUUUGGAAUGAAAUCAGCAAAAGAGAUGCGGCAGCAGGCGCACAUUCAGGUGGUCAGUAAGAAUCUGUACAGUCAGGAUAACAGUCACACCCCUUUGUCACACGGUGUGCUGGAUCAUCGCAUGGGAACAAGUGAGAAAGACCGUCCAUGUGAAACGUGUGGGAAGAAUUUGGCUGACUGCAUUGGACACUAUGGUUAUAUUGACUUGGAGCUGCCUUGUUUCCAUGUUGGUUAUUUUAAGGCCAUUAUUGGAAUAUUACAGAUGAUCUGCAAAAUAUGUUCUCGCAUCAUGCUGUCACAAGAAGAAAGGAAAACAUUUCUGGAUGCUUUAAAAAAGCCUGGCUUAACCUACCUUCAGAAACGUGGCCUAAAAAAGAAAAUAUCUGAAAAAUGCAGGAAGAGGACGUACUGUCUAUUCUGUGGAUCAUUUAAUGGUCCUGUGAAAAAAUGUGGUUUGCUAAAAAUUAUCCACGAAAAGUACAAAACCAACAAGAAAGUAGUGGAUCCUGUGGUAUCAGAUUUUCUGCAGUCCUUCGAUACAGCCAUUGAACACAACAAAGAGGUGGAGGCUUUGCUUGGAAGAGCACAAGAGAAUCUCAACCCCCUUGUGGUUUUGAAUCUAUUCAAACGAAUUCCCUCUGAAGACAUCCCACUGCUCCUCAUGAACCCAGAGGCCGGGAAGCCUGCCGACCUGGUCCUCACUCGGUUAUUGGUUCCUCCGCUGUGUAUUCGCCCCUCCGUGGUGAGCGACUUGAAAUCAGGCACAAACGAAGAUGACCUAACCAUGAAGCUGACAGAAAUCAUCUUCUUAAAUGAUGUUAUUAAAAAGCAUCGCAUGUCUGGAGCGAAGACUCAAAUGAUCAUGGAAGACUGGGACUUCUUACAAUUGCAGUGUGCACUAUAUAUCAAUAGUGAGCUUUCUGGCAUUCCUCUCAACAUGGCACCAAAGAAGUGGACCAGGGGCUUCGUGCAGCGGCUGAAAGGGAAACAGGGUCGAUUUCGAGGCAAUUUGUCUGGGAAAAGAGUGGAUUUUUCCAGCAGGACUGUAAUUUCUCCUGAUCCAAAUCUGCGUAUAGAUGAAGUAGCGGUUCCAGUGCAUGUGGCAAAGAUCCUGACCUAUCCUGAAAGAGUGACAAAGGCUAAUCUGGAAUUGAUGCGAAAACUUGUGCGUAAUGGGCCAGAAGUACAUCCAGGAGCUAACUUCAUUCAGCAACGGCAUACAAAUCUGAAGAGGUUUCUGAGGUACGGAAAUAGAGAGAAAAUGGCACAGGAACUGAAAUAUGGUGACGUUGUGGAAAGACAUUUAAUUGAUGGCGAUAUAGUACUGUUCAAUAGACAGCCAUCCCUACACAAACUGAGCAUCAUGGCCCAUAUAGCUAAGGUGAAACCACACCGUACAUUCAGAUUCAAUGAAUGUGUUUGUACACCAUAUAAUGCAGAUUUUGAUGGUGAUGAAAUGAACCUUCACCUUCCUCAAACUGAGGAGGCCAAAGCUGAAGCUCUUGUCCUUAUGGGGACAAAAGCCAACUUGGUAACUCCUAGAAAUGGGGAGCCACUAAUUGCUGCAAUACAGGACUUUCUGACAGGUGCCUAUCUACUUACCUUGAAAGACACUUUUUUUGACAGAGCAAAGACAUGCCAGAUUGUCGCUUCCAUUCUUUCAGGGAAAGAUGAGCGAAUCAAAAUCACUCUACCAUAUCCUGCGAUCCUGAAGCCUGUAACUCUGUGGACAGGGAAGCAAAUUUUUAGCCUCAUUCUCAAACCAAACAAAGACUGCCCUAUUAAUGCCAACUUACGCACCAAGGGGAAGCAGUACUGUGGAAAAGGCGAAGAUCUCUGCUCCAAUGACUCCUUCGUCGUAAUCCAGAACAGUGAACUGAUGGCUGGGAGCCUGGAUAAAGGAACUCUGGGAUCAGGUUCCAAGAACAACAUCUUCUACAUCCUGCUGAGAGACUGGGGACAGAUGGCAGCUGCAGAUGCUAUGUCUCGUCUUGCUCGCCUGGCUCCUGUUUAUCUCUCCAAUCGAGGAUUUUCCAUUGGUAUUGGCGAUGUUACGCCGGGGCGGAGACUCUUGAGAGCCAAGCAGGAGCUGCUCGAUGCUGGCUAUAAGAAAUGUGACGAAUUUAUUGAAGCACUCAAUACAGGCAAACUUCAGCAGCAGCCUGGGUGUACAGCAGAAGAAACAUUAGAAGCCCUGAUUCUUAAGGAACUUUCUGUAAUUAGAGACCACGCCGGCAGUGCAUGCCUCAGGGAGUUGGAUAAAAGCAACAGUCCACUCACCAUGGCUGUCUGCGGUUCUAAAGGCUCCUUCAUCAACAUCUCCCAGAUGAUUGCCUGCGUAGGCCAGCAGGCUAUUAGUGGAUCUCGUGUUCCGGAUGGCUUUGAGAAUAGAUCUCUACCUCACUUUGAAAAGCAUUCCAAGCUUCCAGCAGCAAAAGGUUUUGUUGCAAAUAGUUUCUAUUCUGGCUUAACACCUACAGAAUUUAUCUUCCAUACAAUGGCUGGCCGCGAGGGCCUGGUUGAUACUGCUGUCAAAACAGCAGAAACUGGAUACAUGCAGAGACGUCUGGUAAAAUCUUUGGAGGAUCUUUGCACGCAGUAUGAUCUAACUGUUCGCAGUUCAACUGGUGACAUUAUCCAGUUUAUCUAUGGUGGAGAUGGUUUAGAUCCAGCAGCUAUGGAAGGCAAAGAUGAGCCAUUGGAGUUUAAACGGGUUCUGGAUAACAUUAGGGCCAUUUAUCCAUCUCCCAAUGAACCACCUCUGAGUAAGAAUGAAGUGAUUCUGACUUCUGAGGCAAUUAUGAAGAGAAGCGAGUUCAUGUGUUGUCAAAAUGAAUAUUUGCAGGCUCUGACAGGGACCAGUUAUGAGAAAUUCAUUGAGGCAAUCAGAAAUUUUCUUAAGGAUUUUUCUGAUAAAAUCAAGAAAACAAGAGAUAAAUACGGCAUUAAUGACAAUGGAACCACUGAGCCUAGAGUUCUGUAUCAAUUGGACAGAAUAACACCUACACAAAUAAACAAAUUUCUAGAAACCUGCAGGGACAAGUACAUGAGAGCUCAGAUGGAGCCUGGUUCUGCUGUCGGUGCUUUGUGUGCACAAAGUAUAGGAGAGCCGGGCACACAGAUGACAUUGAAGACCUUCCAUUUUGCUGGUGUUGCUUCCAUGAACAUCACUCUGGGUGUACCCAGAAUAAAGGAAAUCAUCAAUGCAUCAAAAUCUAUAAGCACCCCGAUUAUCACAGCACAUCUUGAUCAAGACGACGAUGCUGACUUUGCUCGACUGGUGAAAGGAAGAAUUGAAAAGACUUUGUUGGGAGAAAUUUCAGAGUACAUUGAAGAGGUUUUCCUGCCUGAUGACUGCUUCAUUCUCAUCAAGCUUUCCCUGGAGAGAAUCCGAUUACUGAGACUGGAGGUGAACGCGGAAACUGUGAGAUACUCCAUUUGCACAUCAAAACUGCGGGUGAAACCAGGAGAUGUUGUGGUUCACGGUGAAGCAGUCGUGUGUGUCACACCUCGAGAGAACAGCAAAAGUUCAAUGUACUACGUGCUUCAGUAUCUAAAAGAAGAGCUGCCAAAGAUUGUUGUCCAGGGCAUCCCGGAGGUCUCCAGGGCAGUCAUCCAUAUUGAUGAACAGGGCGGAAAGGAGAAGUACAAACUACUGGUGGAAGGAGAUAAUUUGCGUGCUGUCAUGGCGACCCAUGGGGUUAAAGGGACACACACGACAUCAAACAACACUUAUGAGGUAGAGAAGACAUUGGGUAUCGAAGGUGCUCGAUCCACCAUCAUUCAUGAGAUCCAAUACACAAUGAAAAAUCACGGGAUGAGCAUUGACAGAAGGCAUGUCAUGCUGUUGUCCGACCUGAUGACUUACAAGGGUGAAGUGUUGGGAAUAACACGGUUUGGCUUAGCAAAAAUGAAAGAAAGUGUUCUGAUGUUGGCAUCAUUUGAGAAAACUGCAGAUCACCUCUUUGAUGCUGCUUACUUUGGGCAGAAGGACUCCGUCUGUGGUGUGUCAGAAUGCAUUAUCAUGGGAAUCCCAAUGAACAUUGGAACAGGACUGUUCAAACUACUCCACAAAGCUGACAAGGACCCAAACCCACCUAAGAGACCUUUGAUUUUUGACAAUAAUGAAUUUCAUAUCCCAUUGGUUACAUAGCAACAGCUGCAUAGACUGCUUUGAACCAGAGAAUUAGGUAGAGGCAGCGGUAGCAUCCUAUGUUAUGUCUCAAAAUCUACAAAUGAGGUUGGAAUUUUUAUUUUAAAAAUUCAGACCAAGCUCUUAAGAAGCAUCUGAACAGAAUACCAGGCAAUGAGACAGGAAAGCUGAACAGCAGAAGAAAGACCUGGUAAAAAGAUAACGUUGUUGAGUGGCUGCUAAAGAAAGAUUAAUUUCAUUGUCAUAAUGUUUAUUUUAAACCUGAUCAUGGAUUUUUCAUGAGCUCAUGGGUUUGUUAAUGUUAUUUAUAACUUCAAGCUAUUAAGAGUGGCAAAGCCUUGAAAUGACAUAUGAUCCUUACAAGAUGUUAAGUUGGUAAAUGGGCAUAGUUCUUAAGGUGUGAGCCGGUAAUAAUGUCGACGAACCAGAAAUAAUCAAACAUUCAGAAGGCAAUGAAGUUCUCAGACACUAAUGGCAUCAUUAUUCAGGUAACAAACUUGGUGCUUGCAACAUAGUUCUGGUCUGCCUGCAUUUAGAUAGAUUUUGAAGGGUUGCAGAGAUGUUUUAACUGUGUGUGUGUGUGUGUGUGUGAAUAAACCCAUUUCAUUUAAACAUUAAUAUCU